AUGAAAACUGGCAAUGAUGGCCUUAAAGAAGGACUCUUAAAGAAUCAGAGAUCACAGGAAAAAGAUUUACUAGGUGACACAGAAAAGGAACUAAGAGUUUUAAAUAAUCCAGAUGAUGAGGAAGUAGACAGGAAAGCCCAGAAAACAGAGGAAGACUUACCUUCAUAUUCUGAAUGUGCAAUGGAAUGAGCUUUAAACUCAUUACCUGUCAUAGCAGGCUUGCUCUUUGAGACUUUAAUUGAGGUCAUCAAUUUAAUUUUUAUCGGAAACCUCAAUGAUCCAACCCUUAUGGCAGGACUUGGUCUAGGAACUCUAAUGAUCAAUGUAAUAGGAAUCUCCAUUUCUACAGGACUUUGUGGAGGUAUUGAUACUCUUGUAUCACAGUGCCAUGGGCAGAAAAAUUAUUACAGAUGAGGAGUAAACCUCAACAGAUGAAGAGUUCUCAUGCUUCUUGUUUUCAUUCCUCAAGCUGUAAUUUUCUUCUACACUGAUAAGAUCCUUGAGGCAGUUGGGCAAGACCCCAAAGUCUCUGAAGCAGCCCUUGACUAUACCAAGGUAUUGAUUCCUGGGGUGCUAGUUUUCAACCUAUUUGAGGCAACUAGAAGAUUCCUGAACGCCCAAUUAGUUUUUGCCUUGCCUUCUAAGAUCCAAUUCAGCACACUUGUGCUGCAUAUCUUGUGGUGCUAUAUUUUCGUAAGCAUCUUGGAGCUAGAAAUAGUAGGAGCUGCAGUAGCUUCUUUGAUUACCUACACUCUUGAUUUUGUCCUGAUUCAUGUCUAUGUGAGUUGCUUUGAAGUUGUUCCAUCAGAAUCCUGGCACUGGUUCGAUAAGAACAGCUUUAAAGGUCUCAUCAAUUACUGAAAAUAUGGAGUCCCGAGUCUGGUCAUUGUAUGUCUUGAGUGGUGGUGCAUUGAGUUCCUAAGCAUCUUUGCAGGUUGGCUAAGCGAGACUGAACUAGCUGCCAAUGUAGCUUUGCUUAACCUCAACUACAUAGUGUACAACCUCCCUCUUGGAAUGAGUUAUGCGAUUUGCUCCAUGGUAGGAAACUCACUUGGAUCAAAUUUACCACAGAGAGCACUGAGAUAUGUAAAAACAUCAAUGAUAAUUGCUCUUGUGAUUUGAAUUAUGACUAUUAUAACAUUUCUGACUUUCAAAGUCCAAUUUUCUACAAUAUUUACUACUGAAUCCAAAGUUGUAGAAAUUAUGCUCCAACUGAUUCCUGUCUAUUGCCUUCUGAUUAUCUGUGAUUAUAUCCAAGGAGUGCAAGGAGGUAUCAUCAGAGGAAUGGGAUACCAAAGCAUCGCGACAGUAAUAGUGAUUAUUUCAUAUUGGCUAGUAGCAAUUCCAGUUUCAUACAUCUUUGCCUUCAUCUUAGACUACAGAAUCAUCGGAAUCUGGCUUGGAUUGCCAGCAGGGAGCUUGCUGAUAUGCUCAAGUUUCUCUGCUAUUAUCUACUUUACAAACUGGGAAAAAUUGGCUACUAAAAUUCAUGAUCAUCCUUAAACUGUCAAAUCUAA